AUGAUCAGGCUCGAGGCAACCUUCCACUUCAGCGCUACCUUCAACUUCGGCACAAAACCCUCCUACAAAGUGUCCGCCUGCCCUAGUACGUUCCCAAAGUCGGCAUACUUGGGUCCUACCUUCUGUUCCACACUGCUUGCGCAGUCAUCGCCUUACCCUGCCCGCAGUCCCAAUUACCGACUCCCCAAUCCCAGAGUCCUCUUCUACACAGUUGGAUUCUGUCUGCGCACGCUCUGCAACCUCUCGAGUCAUCGCCAUUCCCUCAGGAUUCUUCGGGAUCCGGCGUGUUAUCAGGAUCUUAUCCAGUUUCAAGCCCGCUGCCUCCGAGCAAUACCCAUCACCUACUCCGCGGUCCGACUUCAGCAACGAUCUUCCCGAGCCCGUGUCGUCGCAUUCUCGGACCGCACUCACGACUGUGUUGAUGCGAUUCGGAGUUCAGAAAAUUGGGACGGAGCCGCGCUUACUGAUUCGUUGUCGGUGCAACUACAAUGCCCCUGCUUAGCAGCCAACCCACGAGUGCGCAGUGUGGCGAUUGUGGACACUGACGGUUUCCUGGACAUGAGCGAUGCGGAUUUCGACGCUGCUGGCAAGAAUCGCGAAGACCUACUACUCGAGGCUGAAGAGAACCGCGCUCGUGUCAGCGAUUAA